AUGGCUAGAAGAGAGAAUUCCGAACCAGAUCCAGUUUCAUCUUCGCGUUCGUCAACGAAACAACGGAAUCAGAUUCUUGCUCAACAGCAGAAGGAGUUCCUGGCAAAGUACAUCCACUCGAAUGGACCGCAAGAUUUUCCUCCGAAAGACCCUUUGGACUUCUCGGACUGGACAGAGGAGCAGUUGCGCAAAUAUAGAGAAUUAUAUUUGAAUCCAUCGCAAAUCAUCGUGUCGGAUGCCAAGACCUUCCAGGGAUACCUACUCGAAGGAUCUGAACUUGGAGAAACGUCUGAGUCUUACUUGAAAAACGAAAUGAGCAGCGGAACAAACAUGUACGAAUACCGCACCAGAGACGACCUCAGACGCGCAGUGGAGGAUCAUUUCCACAACCAGCUAAACGUCAAGGAGAGUGACGUGAUCAUGGGUUUCAUUUACAGGGUGAAGAACGAAAACAAGAAGUUCAAAAUGUAUUUUGAUAGACGAACAUAG